CAGGAGCCUGAGUCCAGCUUUGAGGACAGCACACACACACACACACACACACACACACAGAAACACUCGGAGUGUGUUUGAAAUAUUCACCUUCAAAAACUGAGAUCGUGUUCGCAAACCUCAUUUUUUCGGAGACGCGCUGUUAUGUGGCGCUUUUUUUUUUUGCGCCGAGUGGCUGUAAAUAGGACACCUGCAAACACACACACACACACACACACACACACAGAGUUUUGCACUAAUAUUAAACAUCAAACUGAUGUAAAGUGAGCCGAACACGACUCUGAUGACUCUGAGGUAACCUGAAUCUCUCUGUUUCAGUCUGAGUUAUUGGGAAGUUCUGAGGUUUGCUGUGAGCGCGGAGUCAGAGUCACUCCUCUCCUCUGAGGUGAUGAAGAGGAGGUCUGUCCGUCCCAUCAGAGAGAGAGAGAGGGAGGAGAGAGAGAGAGAGAGAGAGAGGGGAGGGCGGUGAAGCCAUCCAGAGUGACGCUCCGCAGCAUCCCCGGACAGAAAAAAAAGUUCCUCCUCUCUUCCAAACUUUGCUGGCGCGUGGAGAGCUGAUCGGAGUCUUCCUCUGCUGCUGCGAGUCCCACUCAGGGCGUGCGCUCGGACAUCUUUCUGCGGAUACUUUUCCACCCGAGGCGCGCACUCCUCCGCGUGUCUGCGUGCACCGCACAUGGAUUUCAAGCGCUGGGGGUCUUAGAUGAGAGGAAAAGUUUGAGUGGAAGGACAGAAGGAGAGAGCAGAAGACUGAGGAGAAGGAGGAGAAGCUCGGCUCUCGACCAUGGAGACUUCACCACAGAGAGCCACAGAUAAAAAAGACAAAAUGGACGGUAGCGGAUUCACCGACCUCCCAAAGAAACCCUCACCCUCAGAGACCAGAGCCCCCCACCACAUCUUCCCAACCUUCCACACGCCGAUCCCGAUUGACAUGCGCCAUCACGAGGGGCGAUACCACUACGAGCCUCACGCACUCCACACCAUGCACAGCCCUGCAGGUUUGGCUGGCAGCCCCGUCAUCUCCGACAUCUCCCUGAUUCGCCUCUCGCCAGCUGCAGUGGCCACGGGUGACUCUCCCUUCAGCCCGCCUCACCCCUAUGUCAGCCCUCAUAUGGAGCACUACCUGCGCUCUGUGCACAGCAGCCCCACCCUAUCCAUGAUCUCAGCGGCCCGAGGACUCAGCCCAGCGGACUUGGCCCACGAGCAUUUGAAAGACCGUGGGCUGUUUGGACUUCCUCCUCCUCCACCUGGAGCCAGUCCGGCUGAGUAUUAUCACCUAAUGGCGAGCCACCGGAGCCCCUAUAGCGAGCUGCUCAUGCAAGGGGCCGGGGCCACGGCGGGGGCCCACCUGUCUGACUACAUCGCUCCCAUUGAUGUGUCGCGGUUCUCAAGCCCCAGACUGACGCCGCGGCUCAGCAGGAAAAGGGCGCUGUCUAUCUCGCCGCUGUCCGACGCCAGCAUCGACCUCCAGACGAUGAUCCGCACCUCGCCCAACUCCCUGGUGGCAUACAUCAACAAUUCACGCUCCAGCUCGGCCGCCAGCAGCUCCUACGGACACCUGUCGGUCGGCGGGCUCAGCCCGUCCUUCCCCUUCCCUCACCCCAUCAAUCCCAUGGCCUACCAGCAGCUCCUCUCCCAGCAGCGAGGCCUCAGCGCCUUCGGCCACACUCCGCCCCUCAUCCAGCCGCCGCCCACCUUCGCCACCCGCCAGGGGGCCCUCGGCCUCUGCUCGCUGCCCGCCUCCACCCAAAACAGCGACCUGGUAUCCAAGAACCACGGGGGUGACUCGGCCGUCAGCAGCACAGUUGACCCCAUGAACACCAAAAGGUCAAAGGUCAAGCCUGAAGCAGAGGGACUGAGGCCAUCGUCUCCCUGUUCACCGAACCAUCACAGUGGCUUGUUGGACCUGAAGGAUGACGUGGAUCGGGACGAUUGUAAGCAGGAGCCCGAGGCUGUUUACGAAACCAACUGCCACUGGGAAGGCUGCACCAAAGAGUACGACACGCAGGACCAGCUGGUCCACCACAUCAAUAACGACCACAUCCACGGAGAGAAGAAGGAGUUCGUGUGCCGCUGGGAGGACUGUUCGCGGGAGCAGAAGCCCUUCAAAGCUCAGUACAUGCUGGUGGUUCACAUGCGCCGACACACGGGGGAGAAACCACACAAGUGCACGUUCGAGGGAUGCUCUAAGGCCUACUCCCGCCUGGAGAAUCUAAAAACCCACCUGCGCUCGCAUACCGGCGAGAAGCCAUACGUCUGCGAGCACGAAGGAUGCAACAAAGCCUUUUCAAACGCCUCGGACCGGGCCAAGCACCAGAACCGGACGCACUCAAACGAGAAACCUUACGUAUGUAAGAUCCCCGGGUGCACCAAGCGCUACACCGAUCCCAGCUCUCUCAGGAAGCACGUGAAGACAGUACACGGCCCUGAGGCCCACGUCACCAAGAAGCAGCGCAGCGACCUGCCACCCAGGCCGCCGCCCCCCAGGGAGAACAGCGAGAAUGAGACAGGUCCAAGAGAGCGAAUCCACAGGGAAGACAAAAUAUUGGAUAACAGCUCCCCCAGAGGUGUGGAGGACUACCUGCAGGUCAAAUCCAUCAAGACAGAAAACUCUGUGAUGUAUCAGUCCAGCCCUGGCGGUCAGUCAUCAUGUAGCAGCGAACCAUCACCACUUGGCAGUGCCACCAACAAUGACAGUGGAGUAGAGAUGGCGGUGCACAGCGGGGGGAGCCUAGGGGACCUCAGCACCCUGGACGACCUGCCGUUUGUGGAGUCCUUGGGCUUUGAAGAUUCCACCAGUGGGGUCGCAGCGGUGGGUCUUCGCUUUAGAAAGCAAUUCAGCACCAGCCAGCGCCUGGAGCAUCUCAAGAAGGAGAAACUGAAGACAGUGAGGGACUCCUGCCGGUGGACCAACAACCCAACACCACCUGUGGUCCUCGGGACCAAGCUCCCACCCAUACCGGCAGGCGGUUCCCUCCUGGAGAGCCAAAAUAUGGGUGGUGGUCAGGUGUCCUUCCCUGGUUCUAGCUUUGGUGAACUGAGCUCUAGUAAAAUGACUGUGCUAGAAAACCUUUCCGAGAGACGUGACAGCACUUCCAGUACCUUGAGCUCAGUCUACACCCUCAGUCGCCGAUCCUCAGGCAUCUCCCCUUGUUUCUCCAGUCGGCGCUCCAGCCAGGCCUCACAAUUUGGUGCCAACCGCCCCAGCAACAUCAGCUCUGCGGACUCCUAUGACCCCAUCUCUGCCGACAUCUCACGGCGCUCAAGUCAGGCCAGCCAGUGUGGUGGGAGUGGCGGAGGAGCAGGAGUGUUUGGAGCAGUGGGUCUUCCCAGCCCUCUCAGCCUGACCCCAGCCCAGCACUACCGUCUCAAGGCAAAAUAUGCAGCUGCCACUGGGGGCGCACCACCUACACCUCUUCCAUAUAUGGACCAAAUGUGUCUGAAAUCCCAUGCAGCCCUGUAUGAGGACUCCCGGAAACCCUCCACCAACAAAGGCCUACCUUUCAGACAGUACAGCAGUUAUGCCACAAGAAGUUUGAUGCCCCACGAAGUCCCAUCUAACAUCCCCCGUCGAGCCAGUGACCCUGUGAGACAGGUUGCCCCAGAAACUUUAAACCAGUCGCAGUUGCACCGCUACAACAGCAUGGGCACGCUGAGUGGAAGGGUGACAAUCCAGCCUUGUCCACCUCCUGCAGCAGAUCACCGACAUUUAUCUCAGCAAGACUGCCAUCGAUCAGAUGGUCUUCACCACUACCCUUAUAGUCUGCGACCACCAAGCAUUUCAGAGAAUGCUACCAUGGAGACAACAACAAGUCACAUCCCUGAUAAUGGAGACAAGACAAAUGCAGAUUUCCAAGGAGCCUCGGCUAUCCAGCAGCAGCACUUCAGUCAGAGAAGGAUGGCUGUUGUGAAUCUACUCUCACAGAUUUUACCCGCUUCGAGGAAUAGUCCAGGUCAACAGCAACAGAUGUGUCCACCUUCGCCAUCCAUUGUUCCAGCACAUUCAGGACUCAUGGAUGCCUCCCAGCAGAACUCCAGACUGCAGGUCCGAGGGAACCUGGCUGUGCUCCAGCAAAACCAGAAUUUUGGAUCUCUUAGCAACCUUUUCAGCUCCAACCAGCAGUUGAAUCAGAACCUCACAAUGCAGCAGAGGUACAUUCAGCUGAACUCCGAGCCAGGAGCAAACUGCCUCCAGCAACAAGGAUUCCAGCAGCCAUCGAAUCUCAAUGAAGCCCUGUUAAAUGAAGGCAUCCAGCCCUAUGACAGGAAUGGUAACACCACCUAUAAGCCUUGCAUUAACACCGUUAGUGGGAUCAACUGCAAACAGGAGCCAUGUGACAUGGAGACCUUUGACUUGCACUUUGCUGAUGCUGGAUUUCAGCCUGUGCAGAUAAAAAUUGAACACACUGACACAUCAAUAUGUAACAUGAACUCCCAGAAUCCCUCACAAGUUGGAAAUCAGAACAAUUUUCAGCCAAGGCCGCCAACCGAACCGAGAUCUCUGAACAAGAACCCUUCAGUUACAAAAGUGACGCAGCAAAUGAUGCAAGCUGCUAAUGCUAACUCCGAAUUAUCCACUGCUGGAGUUUUAGGACUUCACCGCAGCGAUAAUGCUAAUGACAAUGCCUUGUACUACACAGGGCAGAUUCAAGUAUAUGAGCCUAAUUGUAAUGUAAACUGUAACAUGGUGGUGCCUCCCACUUCAAGCACCAAUCAGACGCCAAGAACCAGUGACUGUACCACAGCACUGGAGCAGGCACAAAUAGACUUUGAUAGCAUGCUGGAUGAUGGGGAUCACUCCAGCCUCAUGUCGGGAACGCUAAGUCCAGGUCUGCUCCAGAGUUUGUCCCAGAGCUCCUCUCGCCUCACGACGCCCAGGAACUCGGUCACGUUGCCUUCGGUGCCUGCGGGGACAGGGAACAUGGCCAUCGGGGACAUGAGCUCACUGCUGACUGCUCUAGCAGAGGAGAGCAAGUUCCUCAACUUGAUGUCUUAGCCUCAAACUGUGUGCAGACAUUUUGAACCCCUGAUGCAGAAUAACCCUUCAACCCCGCAGUUGGAAUUGAUGUGAUUGUGAGCUGAAAGCUUCUGCAGCCUGCUUGUUGUUUCCUUGUACAGUCUUGUUUAUGAAUUAUUUAAAAUGGCAGUUUUUUUAAUCUUUUCAAAAAGCCAUAUCAUUCUUUUUUUUGCCUUAGGUAGCAAAAAUGAUGAACAAGGGAGUUUAUUCAGUUGUUGUACAGGUCUGCAGUAAGAUCAGUUUACUAAGUGCCUGCCUCAGAUACAACAAACACAUGUUGUGCGUAUAGUUAUAUUCAAAAAAAUGUGCAAAUUCAACCAGGUAAUUAUCUGUGUACUCAAUUAAAACCUUUCACACUGUAAAUUACUUGAGUUCAACUUUAAUAUUUGUCAAGGAGAAAACAGUUCACCAUUCGUUUUUUUUCCAUCUAUCAUCAAGUUUACAGCCACUUCCCUCGGUGAGCUGUGAUUUGAUUGCUGCAUUGCUGCUGAGAUUAACUGUGGCGUCUCAGAUUUGGGCAUCAGAGACUUGAUUUGUGACUGGAAUUAUUGAUAACUUGGCCGUGCUCUCACAGAGAGAAGAGGAGAAGACUUCAGAGCAGAGACUCUAGCUUUCUUCUUUUUUACACUGUUGAAAACAGUUUGUUGUGCUCAUUAUAUGUAAAUAUCCUUUGUAUAUUUCUAAGAAAUACAGUAUUGACUUUGAUUUUUUUAAAUGCAUGUGUUUUGUGUUGUCCUUCCAGCCCAGAUUAUCCACAGCAGAAUCAGAAAUACAAUUUUUUUUUCAGUAUAUAAAAAAACUAUUUGGCUGUAGUUCAGGAAACACCAUGCAAUGCCAUGCAAAGGGCAAUAUUAAUGUUUAAAAUGCACCUACUUAGCCAAUUUCAAGCAAUUUUUUUUUCCUGGGCCCAAC